GCCUCCUUUGGAAAAUCUGGCGACUGUGGAAGAGACUGUUGUUCGUGACAGAGCUGUGGAGUCCCUGAGACAGAUCUCCCAGGAGCAUACUCCUGUUGCCCUGGAAGCUUAUUUUGUACCUCUGGUGAAACGCCUAGCAAGUGGGGAUUGGUUUACCUCUCGCACGUCUGCAUGUGGUUUGUUCAGCGUUUGCUAUCCCAGGGCAUCAAAUGCUGUUAAAGCAGAUAUUAGACAGCACUUCCGUUCCUUGUGCUCAGAUGACACACCAAUGGUACGACGUGCUGCUGCUUCCAAAUUGGGUGAAUUUGCAAAAGUUUUGGAAUUAGACAGUGUGAAAAGUGAAAUUGUUCCAUUGUUCACUAAUCUAGCUUCAGAUGAACAGGAUUCAGUGCGCCUCCUAGCUGUGGAAGCUUGUGUCAGUAUUGCCCAGCUAUUGUCUCAGGAUGACGUUGAGACCUUGGUGAUGCCUGCACUUCGACAAGCAGCAGAAGAUAAAUCUUGGCGAGUUCGCUAUAUGGUAGCUGACAAAUUUUCAGAGCUCCAGAAAGCUGUGGGUCCUAAAAUCACCCUAAAUGACCUCGUCCCCGCCUUUCAGAACCUACUUAAAGACUGUGAAGCUGAAGUCCGGGCAGCUGCUGCCCACAAAGUAAAAGAACUUUGUGAGAACUUGCCCAUUGAAGAUAGAGAGACCAUAAUUAUGAAUCAAAUUCUGCCCUAUAUAAAGGAAUUAGUAUCUGAUACCAGUCAACAUGUCAAAUCGGCCCUAGCUUCUGUAAUUAUGGGAUUGUCUACUAUUGUGGGCAAAGAGAAUACCAUUGAACAUCUUCUACCUCUUUUUUUAGCUCAGUUAAAGGAUGAGUGUCCUGAAGUUCGUUUGAAUAUCAUCUCCAAUUUGGAUUGUGUAAAUGAAGUGAUUGGAAUUCGUCAGCUCUCUCAGUCUCUCCUUCCUGCCAUAGUGGAGCUGGCUGAAGAUGCCAAAUGGAGGGUCCGGCUGGCUAUCAUUGAGUAUAUGCCACUGCUGGCAGGCCAGCUGGGUGUGGAAUUCUUCGAUGAGAAGCUGAAUUCUUUAUGUAUGGCUUGGCUCGUGGACCAUGUAUAUGCCAUCCGAGAAGCUGCUACCAACAACCUCAUGAAACUAGUUCAGAAGUUUGGUACAGAGUGGGCCCAAAAUACCAUCGUUCCCAAAGUGUUAAUAAUGGCAAAUGAUCCUAAUUACUUGCAUAGAAUGACCACUUUAUUCUGCAUUAACGCACUGUCUGAGGCCUGUGGUCAGGAAAUAACCACUAAGCACAUGCUGCCCAUCGUAUUAAAAAUGGCAGGAGACCAAGUAGCAAAUGUUCGCUUCAAUGUGGCCAAAUCUCUACAAAAAAUUGGACCAAUUCUAGAUACCAGUGCUUUACAGGGAGAAGUUAAGCCAGUACUACAGAAAUUAGGUCAAGAUGAAGACAUGGAUGUCAAAUACUUCGCACAGGAAGCUAUAAGUGUUCUUGCAUUGGCAUAACGAGGAGCAGGAGGGGAAAAGCCUUUACUAAAUUCUUAUCACAGAUUUCUAGUCAAUGUGUUCUUAACUGGGUGGAGAAAGAUGGAAAACCUUCAAGAUCUCAUCCAAGCAAAUGGCAACAACUUAGAAGAAAUCAAAUUUUAGUGACUUAAUUCUUUCUAAAGAUGAAAUGGGAUUUUUUUUAUUCAUCUUCCUUGUUAACUAAUUAUUUAAGCCAUUCUGAUUGACCAAUACCCGACACUUGAUACUUGAUUGUUUUCUAAUGCUUUAUCCAUUGCCCACCUGGGCUCCCACACCCUCACUGCAAUCAGGCCCCAGCCACAUAAUGUUCCAGACAAAGCUUGGAGAGGUGUGGACCCAGAUGUGGAGUAGAGUGAUUCUCUUGAUGUUUACAUAUAUCUCUGUGUCUCUCCAUCAUUCCAAAGUUAAAUGUACAUGUUUAGAAUAACUUAUUUUAUAAACUUUUCGGGAGACAUGUCGUGAUUUGACCACAGGGAAAGCCACAUUUUCC